GUUGUUUCUCGGAGCGAUGCAUUGAGUGCGGGGCGACAAGACGCGUUGCAUACCGACAGAGAUCGAGGAGAGUAAGCUAAUUACGGGACGAAUUGUCUACUACAGAACGCACAUAUUGUAUCCAUUAGUUUGCAAUGUUCUGUCGAAUAUUUGGCAGAAAACAGUUGAGUAUUUACCUUCGUGUUCAGGUGCGCAUUUGAGCACAUCUUCUCUCCAAACCAUUGAAAACAACAUUAAUUCAGUGUCUGGAAUAUUUGCGAUUAUUUUGCUCCAAGAUUUUGUGUCAUUUGGUAUUCCCUCUACGUCUACGAAAACAUCAACAACCCCUUCUUUGGUUAAGGGGUGGGGGGGGUUAUCAACGAGAAAAGUCAAGGGAAUAGACUCAUGUUUUUGUUCAGUCACAUGUAAAAGCAGUCGGUUAUUGCUGUUGGACAUAAAUAAAACACACCAGGUAGAUCUKUUCACAUUUUUCCUGCAAAGGCUCCAUAGAAGGGGACUACAACGGUAUUCUACUACGAAAACAACAUCGAAAAAUCUAUCGAAACAUCAAAACAUGAGCUGCCCAGUCUUACGAAACGUGUUCGCUGGUUUGCUCCUCGCACUGCUGUCGAGUGGGCCAAGUGUGCACGGAGCCGAAUUCGGCCACCUGCCCGACAACAUUACAGUGCUGGAAGGCGAGAGCAUCAUUCUGAGGUGUAAAAUCGACGAGGAGGUGACCCACAAGGCGUGGUUGAACCGCUCAAACAUCCUGUUUGCAGGGACAGACAAGUGGUCGCUGGACAGACGGGUGUCGCUGGUCAACAGUAACACUAGUGACUUCUCCAUCCAGAUAGAGAGAGUGGAGGUGGCUGACGAGGGGCUGUACACCUGCAGCUUCCAGGCCAGCAACAAGCCCCGCAUAGCCCACGUCUUCCUCAUCGUCCAAGUGCCAGCCAGAAUCGUCAACAUCUCCCAAGAUGUGUCAGUGAACGAGGGGGGCAACGUAUACCUCUUCUGUCUGGCGGUGGGACGACCUGAACCCACUGUCACCUGGAAGGAGAACAAAUAUGGUCUAAUGAGUGAGGGGGAGUUCCUGGACAUAACAGAGAUCAAGCGGCAUCAGGCGGAGGAGUUUGAGUGCAUCACCAACAACGGAGUGACGCAGCCCGACAUACGCAAAGUCAAGGUCACCGUCAACUACCCUCCCAUGAUCACAGACGUGAAGAACAUGCCAGCCCAGCUGGGCAAAACGGCCAUUUUGCGCUGUGAGGCCAUGGCAGUACCCACGGCCUCCUUUGAGUGGUACAGAGACGACCGCAGGCCGGUAGAGAGCGAUAACACUCUGAGGAUCAAGAACGAGAAGACGCGCUCACUGCUUCUCUUCACCAACGUGACGGACAAACACUUUGGCAACUACACCUGUUUUGCCUCCAACAGGCUGGGAGCCUCCAACGCCAGCAUGCUGCUCUUCCGGCCGGGAGCCGUGUACGGGCGAGGCGUGGCCGUCAACGUGGGGGUGAGUGCGGGCGUCGGCUUCUGGCUUUGCCUCUCUGUCUCUCUCCUGAUGAAGGUCUAAGAGCUUUUCCCGGAAGUCCCGUCCCGCCUGCGGAAGGAAAAAGGAAUUUCUUUAAUUACGAACCCAUCACUGUGAAACAAAAAUGAUAUGCAUUAUUCCAGGAGCCAUUGACGCAUCGCAUCUCACACCCACACCAACUCCCCCCUCUUCCUCACCCCACUACCUCCCCCCUUGCUACCUAUAUUGCCACUAUCACCAUUACCACUCUCUCUCUUCAUCCUGUUUCCAAUGAGGGUCACAUUGGUGAUGUCUAUAAUGUGUUUAUUAAGAAUGAUAAUUGUGAUGAUGAUGAUGAUGAUGAUGAUGAUGAAAACAGAUAUUUAACACCAGGAUAAUACUAUUAUAAAUCUAAAUGAUGACUGAUCUACACUACUGUUGGUCUCAUAGACAUUUGAAAACUAGGAGUAAUAACACUCCUAUUUAUGGUUGGAACUACUCUAUAAUAACAAUGAUUAGUCAUUAUGAUGAGGGUCACGUGACCUUGUUGAAAGCUGUCCAUUGGCCCGUUGGCCCUGUGACAUUUGACCCUAUGAUCAUACAAUUACCGUUGUAUUUUGUUUUUAACCGUGUGGCAGUGUAUAUGACGCGGCUGCUACGAAUGAUGUCAAAACACACAUGAAGGGUGGACGGUGGGGGUUCUAUAACGCCUUUGCCCUUCUAGUGCAUCCCUUUGGGAUCUCAACCAAGAAGAAGCAUGUGAGAAGACCCACUUCACCCCCCCUCCAUCCACCCCCCACCCCUCUUUAAAAGAAAAAUUGUCCUCUGCCCACCCCCUCCCCCCAUCGUUAAGGUGGUUUGUGCUCCGUCCCGUGUGUAAAUAUAAUGCAGUACAAAGGCCAUGCCGUUACUAGAGGCAGUCUAUCCACAUCCAACCCUAAUGUGGAUCCUAAUAAAAUAUCCUAAUAAAAUAUCCAGCAAAAUGACAUUACCCAUCAGCCUCUAUUACAGUUUUCAUAACCAGGAAGGGACUGUAGAAAUAACAAUCGUGUCUCCUGCUUUGAAGGCGUUGACCAGUCAUCCUCCUUCCUUGUCGCUUGUUGAUAGCAUGUACCGGUUAGAGAUGUUCCUGUCGUGAAACCUCCCUCCCGCUCCCCCUCCUCCCCUGCACUGUGUCCGUUUUACUCUGCAAGGUUAAACUGCUAUAACUUUUUUGGGUGUUGAUAAUAAUACUGAUGAUGUUAAUAAGUAUUUAAAUAAAUAUGAAAAGUAAUUCCAUGUGAGAAAAAAAAAGAACACAUUCUACUCCAGAGCUCAUGACGAGCCGUGUGCAAAAAAAUAUUUUGUACUCAAUCCCUCGGAGAAAUCGCACUCGUUGAACUGAACGACAACGACAAAAGACGAAGUUGUAAGGUUUUCGAGUUGUGCUCUUUUUGACAAGGAUUUUAAAAACACAUCGAAGGUGAUCCCGAGGGAGUCUUUUCAUCCAAAAGAGUCCACAGUCAAUGAAAUGUAAUAUCGUUUGUAAACGUGUAUGUAUUAAAACCUUUGUUUUCAUGCUGUUAACUGUAUAAUACAUAGUACACAUAUUACACAUAUUCAACCAGCUGCCAUAGCGUGUCACUCUCCAGACAGACCAGCUCCAUAGAUAAAUGAUUUAAAGCGAUGUAUGUAAAGCAGCGUCCCUGUAAGUCAGUCAGCCCCUGUAUGGCAGGACAGGCGCACCAGGAGAUAAAGAUGUAAUUAGCCAUUACCUGUGGCUGGAUAAGCGACAGGGCCUACACUCCCUGCUUCCCCCAUGUCCUUCCCGCCAGCCAUGGACAGGCCCCAUAAAUCACGUUCAAUCCUGGCCCUGACAGCAUCCUCCUCAAGGACACCCUCGUCCCUGUAAAGCAGACGCGGCGCGUCCUCACAAACCACCACACCUGGGCCCUGAUUGAAACCCCCCCAGGGCUCAAUUAUCCAGCCACUUUACCUGCACAGAUCAACCACUGAGACGUGUGCUAUGAGGCUCGAUGACACCCCAACCCCCCAACCGCUGUCUCUCUGUCAUGUCCUGCUGUGUCUAUGUCUAUAUGCAAACUCCCCCAUAGUGAGCCAACCUGAAUGGAGAGGUUGGCUCACACUAGCUGACUGCCCACAAUUUCUGUCGCCAUACAGGAAUAUGCAGCAUCUGUGUUCAGUAUUCUGCGAAUAGCUGUCAUCUUUUUUUGUUUUGAUUUCAUUUUAACCAGCAACAUACCCGCUAACUCAGAUAUAGGAGAGGCAUCCAAUCUGGUUAAUCUGUGCUAUGAUAUUUAAGGGUGCCCCUAACAAUCUAUUCAAGAAUGGAACUGUUUUAGUAAUACUAUUGUAUGAAGUGUGCUAAUAUUUGAAGAGAUGUGAAGCCCUAGCAAGAGUGAAUGUUCCCUUUAGCAGGAGGCUAGUCAAUGAAAACCUGUUUGUCUCACUGAAUAUAGUGCGCGAUGUGUUCUGUUGAUGCCCAUUGCUCUAUGCAAUGUAGUCAGUCACUGGUAUGUCUGAAGGGCAACAGACAGACCCACUUGUGUUCAUCUUGUUUUGCUCAGACUCACAGGACAUUGAUUGGUAUCGAUUUUCAAGCACAAGAGCAGGUUGUUUUGGUCAGUGAUUCUGUUUUUCCUUCUUUGUCGUUUUCGAUCCCCCUCUCUCACUCACGCUGUUUUUCUGUCUGUCUUCUCUCUUUCACAUAUUCUGUCUCAUGUCAGCACCCAGCUCAAUUUUAUUAGUGGAAUAAACUUCUGUAUGUACAUACUCUGUCCUUGAAGAAAAACCUAAAAGAAAAUAACAAAAAAUAACAAAAACAUACUGUCAUGUUUCUCAAUGUGGGUUUGAAAAAAAAGCAUGUAAAUGUUCGUUUUGGGGGGGAUUUUGAAAAACUAAAAUCUGUAUCUUGUGUUUGGGCUUUAGGCUGGGGGAAAGGCUGGGGGAUAUGCAUUUAAGUUCAUGCAAUGGAGGGCGAUAUGUAUGGUGGGCAUUUGUAAUAACCCCAAAUGAGUUUGAGUGUCUCCAUGAGUUAAAUGUGAAAGUUAAUCAGACUCUGUGUGGUGCAGAGGACUGGAAAUGGGAAAAGGAAGGAUUCAGCGAAUACACUUCCUUGAUGGACAGUGGGAAGAAGCCCAGACUGGUACAGACAAAGCUCUGAGGCAGAGGGAGAUGGGAUGACUCUGACCAGACAGUGAACUCUCCAUGGGGGAGAACGAGAAAAGACAGGGAAGACACUUGAUAGGAUAGCAGCUCAGAUAUCAUUCCUAAAAUGACCGCUGCGUCGUCCCUCCUGAGGCAUAUCACAGCGUUGUUUAUGAUUACACCAUGUAAUAUUAAUAACAUUAGCAUUGCAUUGAUCACAAGCACAGUCUGUGCACAGACAGCAUUUCAUGAUGCAAUCUGCUAGCCUAUCAAGGAGCGCUUUACACUUUGAUGAUAUGGUGUGGUGUCAUAUAGCUUGACCUGUAAUUACAGCACAGAGACAUACUGUAUGAUUCCAAUGGACGUAAGUGGUGCAUUCACAUGUAGUUCAUCACUCCCAACAACUGGGGGGCGGUGCUAAUUCUACGGGCACCACUCGAGCAUUGCUAAGCAGCACUUUUUGGCUUAUGUUGAUGUACAUAAUAUAGAUGAACUUGCUUCAUUUAUAUAUUCGACUAUUUAAAUGUUUUGAAGAAAAUUAUAACCAUAUUUGGGUGGUGUAUUUUUUAUUUAUGAAUGACAAGUCUAGGAGUACAUGAAAAUACAGUGGUAGAGUAGCUGAAGAAGCUCGAUAACUAUACACCCAGUCACCGUUUGAAUGUACUAGUUUUUGUGUUAGGUCCUGAAUCACUAUAACCACUAUAUUCCCACAUCGAACACUUCCUCAACACACUUUCAGUUCCAAAUGCAAUGGUUAAUCGAUACAUUGGACUGGAUCGCAUGAAAUAGAGCAAUUUCUCCCCAGGGUCACUUUACAAGGGCCCAAAGACAGAAUUGUCAAGUGUCUAUAGUAAGGCCUUAGAAUAGAGAGCAUAAUUUAUCAUGCCUUGAUACAAGACACCCCUAAUUGCACAUUGAUUCCCCCCACCCCAUCUCCGAAACAAUUUGUCCGAGCUAUAUUGUCAACUAAGGUAACUAUGUGUUUAGAGAACAUACAAUGAAGAAUGAGUCAUUAGUUUUAUUUUCAUGUCAGUUGAAAGAGUAGCUCGUCAAGGCGCAUUUUGUUCAUUUUGCUCUUUCUGAUAAUGAGAUGUCUAACAAUUGUCUGUAUAAUGGCACCUUAUAGUACAUUAUAUUUUAUUACUGUACUCAAUUAAAUGAUUGAUACCAAAUGUUAAUUUUGGAAAUGUCAGUACCUAUCGAUACUGUGUAUCUAGAGGCUUAUGUCUGACAAACACAGCCAACUCUUUAGUAGGAGUAGAGUCUAGAACGAUAGGAUGUACAAUAGAAGGAGAUGAGAUAAAGGGGAAUAGAACCGUAGCCAUGAUAGUAUUUGGUCAAUAUUCAACUAACAUGAUAAAUUAUCAGAAAUAUGUCCGAUUGUCAGUACCGGUACUGUGUAUCAGUUAUACAUAAGAAGAUGUGUCUUAUUGAGGGACAGACUCAUUGAUAUAUAAAUGAUUUCCUUAGUACCAGCCAGGUCUCUCCAGCUUUUGUCCUUCACACCAUAGCCCACUAGCUAGAUAACAAUGUGCUAUCCGAAUGAUCUAUAGCUCACCAGCUAUUCUAAAGGCCUGUUCAAUUCUUAUGAGCAGAGUCAACGUUGCGAGUGUAUUUAAACUCCAGUAGAUUUCCAUUAGCUGUACUAAUGAGUGCAUCGAUACACAGCAUGCUGGACUGAGGUAAGCUACAUGAUGAAAACAGGUCAUUAUUGGAUAAACAUGCUGACUACAUGUUGCCAAGCAGAAGAAGUGAUAUUUGCCUUGAGUCACUGAGGGCUAAGCUUGGAAGUUGAAUGAGGUAGCUAGGUUCCACAGUAAGUUGGUAGUUGUUGAAUUGAUAGAUGCAGAAGGACAGAAUAGAUUGAACAAAAAGAUAGAUACAUUUAUGUAGAUAGGUGGAUAUUUUGUUAGUUUAUCAUUUCUAUUCUGAAUUCUAAUUAGGAUAUAUUAUUAUUAAUGUAAAACAUUGACAGUAUUUGUUUGUGUGGAUAGUGGGUUAAAGUAAUAAUUGCGAGCCACAGAGGCAAGAGUAGCAGUCACUCACUCCCACCACACAGACAGGCAGGGACUACAGAUGGUUGCUUGUCAAUCACCCUCUCCUCUCUAAGAAUGUAGCUAGUGGAUAAUUAACAGUGUACCAGUGUUGGUCCAUCCACAGCUGGAAUAACAGAGAGACUGCACACUACCAGGCAACAAUGGAGGCGCCCACCAGCCAGCCUCCUUAGUCAUGGGGUGGCAGGUAGCCUAGUGGUUAGAGUGUUGGACUAGUAACCGAAAGGUUGCAAGAUUGAAUCCCU